AUGACCGCGUCCGCGCGUACUUCAAGUGCAUCCGCGGGGCCUGCGCAGCGCGCGGCGCCCGCGCUCGCUGCUGCUGGCGGAGCGGCCGGCUCGGCCCGGUCAGCUGCGGUGACGUCAUCGCGCCAUGCUUUGGCGGGAAAGCGUGCGAUGUCUCUUACUCGCGCGCACUCCGACGUGCAAUAUAAUGCACCGCGCAAUAAUAACUCUUCGUUUGCGCGUAACUCGCGUACUAUGAGUGUACAUGCUACAACUGCGGUGGAUUAUUUAACUAAAAUUAAAUGCGCGUAUUGUAAGGACAAUUCACAUCCUUUAUAUAAAUGUGAGAAGUUUAAUACGCUCACUUUAAAGGAACGAAAACAUUUCGUGGAACAAAAUAAACUUUGUACGAAUUGUUUAUUUAUUGGUCAUGAUGCUAAAGACUGCAAGUCGCGCCAUACUUGCCGCGUCUGCACUCAAAGGCAUCACUCUUCAUUACAUGAAGAUGCGCCCUCUCCAAACGUCUUACUGACUACGGAGUCUUCGUCUUCCCCUGAGUUGCGCUCAGUAGCGGAAACCUACACGCCCACUCCAUUACAUGGAGCUACGGAGCACCCUUCCAGUAAGAACUGUACGGUCUUACUCACGACUGCGCUUGUAAAUUUACGACCCCUGAACCAGGGGCCUUACACGCCGCGGUCCGUUCGCGCCCUUGUGGACCAAGGAGCGCAGACCACGCUCAUUUCUGAGUCGUGCGUCCAACGUCUCGGCCUGCCGCGGUACUCCGCGCAGACGAGUACCACUCUCACCGGCAUUGGUGGCGAAGUCCAACCACGUGGUUACGUGUUGUGCGAGGUCACGCCUCACAACAAACCCGAGCCGAAGUUUCACAUCGAGGCUCUUAUCCUAGCUAAUCUUACAAGCUACACUGCUAAUAUUCCAAAAUCAAUUGGGGAUAUUCAGAAGUUCCCACACCUACAAAAUCUUGAUUUAGCGGACCCAGAACUGCGCUCGACGCGGCCCGUUGAACUGCUACUGGGAUCUGACUAUCUGGAUAGCAUACUACUACUGGACAAUAUCAAGGGUUCACCGGGCACACCCGUGGCCAUCAACAGCAUUUUUGGUUAUAUGUUAGGUGGUAGAAUUUCAUAUGACAGUAUGAAACGACUUAGUGUCAACUUGAGUACUUGCCAACUUGACAUGAAACUUCAAAAGUUCUGGGAAUUGGAAUCCAUACCAGAACAUCCACAUCUUACAAAAGAAGAACUGCGCUGUGAGUCUAUCUUCGUUGAUACUCACAGACGAGAUGCAAAUGGGAAAUAUACAGUUUCCCUACCCUUCAAGGAGAAUGUUCCGCCAUUGGGCGAUUCUCGUGCUAUAGCUCUCUCACGCUUAACUAAACUAGAGGCACGCCUGUCUCGCGACCCUGCCUUAAGUGAGAACUAUAAUAAAUGUAUCCAAGAAUAUUUAGACUUGGGACAUAUGGAGCCAGUCAUUGACUCAGCGAGUCCUGGCACUCCCCCCUACUACCUACCCCACCACAUUGUGGUGAAGGGUUCCGCAUCCACUACGAAGUAUCGCAUUGUGUACGACGCUUCAUGUAAAACUACAUCAGGUCGUUCUCUUAACGAUAAUCUUCUCACUGGUCAGAAAUUGCAUCAGGACAUUUCUGAAAUUUUACUGAAGUAUAGACUUCAUAAAAUCGUCUUUACGGCUGAUCUCAAAAUGAUGUAUCGCUACAUUGGUCUUUGUAAGGAACACCGUGACUUUCAUCGGAUUCUUUGGAGAUUCUCUCCCCAUGAUCCCGUCAAGGAAUAUCGUAUGUGCUCUGUCACAUUCGGCGUCGCUUCCGCGCCUUUUCUAGCCUUGCGCACACUUCGUCAAUUAGCAAUUGAUGAAGCUGCUAACUUUCCACUUGCCUCGCAAGUACUUCUUAACGAAGUAUUCGUUGAUGAUGUCGUUACUGGAGCUGAUACGGUUGAAGAUGCUCUCACUCUUCAGCAUCAGCUACUUUCCAUUUGUAAAGCAGGAACGUUCGAACUCCGCAAAUGGACCAGUAAUAGUGCUGAGUUCUUAUCGCAUUUAAAUGAUGAUGCAUCCAAUCAUGAUGACGCUCUUAUUCUGUCAGCACUUGACACUGACACUUCUGUCAAGGUCUUAGGGCUCAAGUGGAACCCUAAAUCUGAUAUUUUCACCUACCAAACGGAUGGAGUGGCUAACUCGCGCAAAUGUACGAAACGUAUAAUGCUAGCAGAAAUCGCUAAAAUUUACGAUCCCCUCGGAUUCCUAAGUCCAGUGACGACAACCCCGCAGACCCUGCGUCUCGUGGUGUCCUCCCAUCUCAGUUGA